AUGGAAGAAGUAGAGAGAGAAGUGAUCAAGUCUGCUACACCUUCAACUAAUGAUUGUCUUCAACUCUCCCUGCUGGAUCUCAUGAAUAGCCCAGCUAACGUGCCCGUGAUCUUCUUCUACGAAACUGAUGAUGAAGAUAUCGCGCCAGAGAUCAUCUCCGCGAAACUGAAGAGCUCACUGUCCCAGACUCUGUCGCGCUUCUAUCCACUCGCUGGACGAAGAGAAGGCAUCACCAUCAGCUGCAACGACGAAGGAGCCGUCUUCACUGAGGCACGCACCGAUCUCCUUCUCUGUGACUUGAUGAAAGACGUCAACUCUAAUUCCCUGGAGAGAUUUUACCCGACAAUGGCCCUUGUAGAUUCUCCCACGGAGUGGCCUUUGUUGAGGGUCAAGUGGCGGUCUCAGUCUCUGUCUCUCAUAGCAUCUGCGACGCAACCUCACUGCUGA